CUGAGUUGUUUGCGACUUACCUAGUGCCUUUUCAGCAUACCGCGACUUGACCUGCAUCGGGACGGCUCAAUCAAGCACCGAAGACGGGACAGUGCCCUGCAGCCGGGGCAAGUGGCGUCUCCGCAGUCAAAAGCGAGACUAUCCAGGUCCACCUGAGAUAUCGUAACAUGUUAUCGACUCGGGACUAGACCCGCCAUAUUAUACCCUGGCCGGGACUCAGACUGAGCAGAAUUCAUCAUCACCGACCAUCCGCCUCCACCAACAUAUAUAUCCAUCUUUCACCCUCGAGUUCAACCCGUGUCGACGACUGAAAUAUGAGAUCCAGUCCGCGGUCUCGGGUCAAGCAGGAACCGGGGUUUGGGAAGGGAUCAUUGAUGGAUUUUCCGGAUCGGGGCUCACAUAUAUCAGACUUCACGCCUCCGAGGGCCAGUGCGAUGCUGAGUCGGAUAUCGACCUCUCAUUUAUCAGAAUCAACCACGCCAACACCGUCAAGUCGAAUCUCAUCAGAAGCAGUUUCAGAAAUUGCACCAGAAAUCAUCGUGUGGACAGAAGACAUGGACAUGGACCUGGAUGACUUGAGCCAAGAUGAGGCGGGACAUCCUUCCGGCCCAGCAUCGGAACCUGAUUCACCAAUAGCCGAGGACGCGGCUGCUCCAUUAGAGACCCUCCGCAUCCAGUCACACGACACCCCUCACGAAUCUUUCGAGUCGCCGAUGACCAAUCUAUCUGAUCACGAUCAGUCUGAGCUUUCAUCGGUGCCGUCGUCGGUGUCUAGUAAGGCAACGACCCCUGUAGAAUUGGACGGGCAUACGGAAGAGUCUAUACCAGCAGCAGAAACCCCUCCGAUACGUGAGGCAUUGCGACAGACCUUCAACGUGAAGCCGAAGUCGUCCAUACCCCCGAAUCUAUCAAGCUAUGAAUAUUCAAGGCAAUGCAUAGAAGCAGCCGAGUCAUCGAGACUAAACCCGUAUGCCCUGCACCAGGAAGAAUAUCUGAUGCUGCGACAGCACAUCAGCCAUGUUCAAGUCACCACGUAUCUGAAUAUCAGAAACGGCAUCCUCCGGCUCUGGUACAAUAAUCCACGUGUUGCAGUGACAAGGAACGAGGCGGUCGGUUGUGCUGGUGCCAGAUGGGUUGACGUCGCAAGCAUAUGUUACGAUUGGCUGUUACGACGCGGGUAUAUCAACUUUGGCUGUGUAGAGUUUCCAGCGACGAACGAUCGACGAGAAGAAGAAGAAGAAGAAGACGUAGAGGCAGAAGCCCCGCUGAACAAGAAGAGGAUUGUGAUCAUCGGUGCUGGUAUGUCCGGCUUGGGCUGCGCCAGACAUUUGGACGGCUUGAUACGGCAGUACGAGGAUCGCUUCCGGGCGCUCGGAGAACCGGUGCCUGAAAUUGUGGUACUUGAGGGACGUGGGCGAGUCGGUGGAAGGGUCUACUCGAGGGAGUUCAAAGCAAAACCGACGUUACCAUUGCCCGACUUUGACGGGGAACGAUUCACCGCCGAAAUGGGCGGCAUGAUCAUCACUGGCUUCGAACGCGGCAACCCGAUGAACGUCCUCGUGCGUGCGCAAUUGUGCCUCCCAUACCGUGCCCUGAGAUCGGAAACGACCAUAUACGAUUCCAAUGGCAAGCCGGUGGACUUUGCAAGGGACCAGCUCGUAGAGAGGCUCUACAAUGAUUGCUUGGAUCGCGUCAGUGAAUACAAGUUCAAGUCACAGCCCGCCAAGCUUAUCGAGGGCAACCGAGACUUGAUUGACGAGGCGCGAGACGCCGUGAGUGACGGCCACCGGACAAUUCACCAAGCUGAGGAAGCGGUGGCGGCUCUACCACAUGCACCACCUGUUUCGCAACAAAACGUUCCUGAACGAGUGAACCUGGUGCCGGUCUCGUCAGAUAAGCUCACUGGCCGCGUCCACACUCAGCCUGGCACACCAGGUGUACUCAAGGCAACCGAGAAAGCCCAGGCAAUGGGAUGGACGUUGAAGACCGGCUUGGCAAACGACGCCAACAUUGAUUUGAACGAGGCUGUUGCUCUGCCAACGGCCACGCUCGGUUCCGUCAUGGACGAGGCCAUCCUCCAAUACCGCAACAUUGUCGAUCUUACUGCCCAAGAUCACCGUCUCAUCAACUGGCACGUUGCGAACCUGGAAUACAGUAACGCUACGAAUCUUCAUAACCUCAGUCUAGGAGGCUGGGAUAUUGACGCUGGCAACGAGUGGGAAGGCAAGCACACCAUGAUUGUUGGUGGCUACCAAAGCGUUCCUAGAGGCCUCAUGCACUGUCCUACACCUCUCGACGUCCGCCCAAAAUCAGCGGUCAAGAAGAUUACGUACCAGCCACAGAACAACGGGCGUGCCUCCGUUGAGUGCGAGGACGGGACGUCCGUCGACGCAGACUAUGUCGUGUCGACGAUACCUUUGGGAGUCUUGAAACACGGCAAUGUCACGUUCGACCCGCCAUUGCCCGAAUGGAAGACGGAGGCCGUCACUCGUAUAGGAUACGGAGUGCUCAACAAGCUUGUACUCGUUUAUGAUCAACCUUUCUGGGAUACACAAAGACACAUUUUUGGCGUUCUGCGAGACGCUCCGAACCGCCACAGCCUGAACCAAAGCGACUACGGCUCUUCACGGGGCCGCUUGUUUCAGUGGUUCAACGUCACGCAGACCACCGGUAUGCCGUGCCUAGUGGCCCUGAUGGCCGGCGACGCCGGGUUCGACACGGAGCACAGCAGUAACGAGGACCUCAUCGCCGAGGCGACAGAGGUCCUGCGCAGCGUCUUCGGCUCCGGCGUGCCUUACCCGGCCGAGUCGGUUGUCACCCGCUGGGCCUCGGACAGGUUCGCCAGAGGAAGCUACUCCUCGGCUGGGCCGGAGAUGCACCCAGACGAUUACGACGCCAUGUCGCGCCCCAUCGGCAAUCUCUUCUUCGCCGGCGAGCACACAAUCGGCACACACCCGGCCACCGUCCAUGGAGCCUACCUCUCGGGACUCCGCGCCGCGUCAGAGGUUCUCGAGUCGAUGCUCGGCCCGAUAGAGGUCCCGACACCCCUCGUCCGACGAAAAGGAAACAACGUGUCCAACAAGCGCAAAGAGAUGGAGGGACCCAAGGACCCGGAACAAGCCCGCCUAGAGGCCUACGAGCUUUCCGCCUGGGAGCACACCAAAUCCAAAAUCGGCGAGCGGCCUGUACGCCCGUCGAAAGUAGCCGCCAACGCCUACCUCCUCUAUAGCCGGGCUUUUUCCGAGGUCGCGCGCACGCGGUGCGAGGAGGAGCGCGCGGCAGCAACUAGCAGCGCCAACGGCAACGGCAGCAAGAAGAAGACGGCGCCGAACGAGGUGCGCGUCAUGACGUCCAAGAUGUGGCGGGCCGCCUCCGUGGAAGAAAAGAAGCCGUUCGAGGACGAGGCGGCCGCGCAGAAGACGGCGUACGCCGAGGCCGUGAAACAGUACGAGGAAACUUCGGCGCGGUGGGAUAAAGAGUACGUCGAGACCAUGAGCGCGUAUCACCGGGAGCACCCGUACGUGCCUCUCCAGCAGAACGGAGGAGGGAGCGGCAGCGGCAGUGGGAAUAGUUACAGUGCUGCUACGGCGCGGCAAAGGGAGAUCAAUGCGCAAAAGUACCGCAGGACGAAGCAUGUCAGCUACGCCGAGAGUGACGGCAGCGAGAUGGAGUUUUGACGGGGGCGUACUACUUGACGAGGCGCGGUGGUAUAAUGGGGUGUUCGUUUUUUCUCACCCUGGGGUUUUCUAUUGAUUGAUG